CUCAGAUCAGUGAAGAAGCACUCGCAGACAGACAGAUGAAGCACUCGAGCAGCUUGUGCUUGCUCUUCUUCCUCGUGGCGCUCUGCAGCCUGGUCCAAGCACAGGUCCUCUUCCAGGGGUUCAACUGGGAGUCGUACAAGAAGCAGGGAGGCUGGUACAACAGCCUCAAGGCCCAGGUCGACGACAUCGCCAAGGCCGGCGUCACGCACGUCUGGCUGCCUCCUCCCUCGCACUCCGUCUCCCCACAAGGUUACAUGCCGGGGCGCCUGUACGACCUGGACGCGUCGCAGUACGGCACAGCGGCGGAGCUCAAGUCCCUGAUCGCGGCGUUCCACGGCAGGGGCAUCCAGUGCGUCGCCGACGUCGUCAUCAACCACCGGUGCGCGGAGAAGAAGGACGCGCGCGGCGUCUACUGCAUCUUCGAGGGCGGGACGCCCGACGACCGCCUCGACUGGGGUCCCGGCAUGAUCUGCAGCGACGACACGCAGUACUCGGACGGCAUGGGCCACCGCGACACUGGCGAGGGGUUCGGCGCGGCGCCCGACAUCGACCACCUCAACGCGCGCGUGCAGCGGGAGCUCACCGACUGGCUCAACUGGCUCAAGUCCGACGUCGGCUUCGACGGCUGGCGCCUCGACUUCGCCAAGGGGUACUCCCCGGCCAUCGCCAAGAUGUACGUGGAGAACACCAGGCCGAGCUUCGUGGUGGCCGAGAUAUGGAACUCCCUGAGCUACACGGACGGCAAGCCGUCGCCCAACCAGGACCAGUGCCGGCAGGAGCUGGUGGACUGGGUGGACGCGGUCGGCGGGCCAGCGAUGGCGUUCGACUUCACGACCAAGGGGCUGCUGCAGGUGGGCGUGCAGGGGGAGCUGUGGCGGCUGCGCGACGGCUCCGGCAAGGCGGCCGGCUUGAUUGGGUGGACGCCGGAGAAGGCCGUCACGUUCGUCGACAACCACGACACCGGGUCGACGCAGAAGCUCUGGCCGUUCCCGUCCGACAAGGUGAUGGAGGGCUACGCCUACAUCCUCACGCAUCCAGGGGUUCCCUGCAUCUUCUACGACCACAUGUUCGACUGGAACCUGAAGCAGGAGAUUUCGGCGCUGACCGCGAUCAGGGCUCGCAACGGCAUCCACGCCGGGAGCAAGCUUCGAAUCCUCAUGGCGGACGCCGAUGCGUACGUGGCCGUCGUCGACGAGAAGGUCAUGGUGAAGAUCGGGACGAGGUACGACGUGAGCAGCGUGAUCCCGUCGGAUUUCCACCCCGCGGCGCACGGCAAGGACUACUGCGUCUGGGAGAAGGGGAGCCUCCGCGUCCCGGCAGGGCGGCACCUUUAGCAGUUCAUCAGGCCCUGUGCUGCUGUAACACUGAAUAGUCCCCACGUUUUUUUUCCCCUACAGCGAGCAUUUCCAGAAUUAUACUUUUGUGUUUCCAUUUCAAAUUCGACAUGUAAACACUGCCAUCAUAAAACACAUAAAUAAACAAGCUUGAUCUCCAGAACUCA